GCUCUCCCACGCCAACGGCAGAGCUGAAGGGGCCUGGCCAACUGGCUGACCCCCAGUGCUCCAGCCAUGCUCGGCUUGCCCUGGGUGCUGCUGCUGACCUCAGGCACGCUCUCCAUGGCGAUGAGUCCUGGGCUGCCAGCGCCUGCUGACCCCUGCUAUGAUGAGGGGGGCUCACCCCGCAGCUGCAUGCCGGGCUUGGUAAACGCAGCUCUGGGCCGCGAGGUACUUGCGUCCAGCACAUGUGGGCGUCCAGCCACUCGGGCCUGUGAUGCCUCAGACCCGCGGCGGGCACAUCCUGCUACUCUCCUGACAUUGGCUGGGGGCUCAACCAACUCUGUGUGCUGGCGCUCUGAAGUGCUGCAUCGAGUGCCCCUCAAUGUGACUCUCACGGUGCCUCUGGGCAAGGCUUUUGAGUUGGUCUUUGUGAGCCUGCGCUUCUGCUCAGCUCCCCCAGCCUCUGUGGCCCUGCUCAAGUCCCAGGACCAUGGCCACAGCUGGGCUCCACUCGGCUUCUUCUCCUCCCACUGUGGCCUGGACUAUGGGCGUUCACCUGCUCCAUCGGAUGGCCCUACCGGCCCAGGGCCUGAAGCCCUGUGCUUCCCUGCACCCCAGGCUCACCCUGAUGGUGGUGGCCUUAUGGCCUUCAGCGUGCAGGAUGGUAGCCCACCAGUCCUGGAUCUGGACAGCAGCCCGGUGCUCCAAGACUGGGUGACCGCCACAGAUAUCCGCAUAUUGCUCACAAGGCCUACUAUGCCAGGGGAUACCAGGGACUUGGAUGCCAUAGUCCCUUACUCCUAUUCAGCUACUGAACUGCAGGUGGGCGGGCGCUGCAAGUGCAAUGGGCAUGCUUCACGGUGCCUGCUGGAUGCUCAGGGCCACCUGAUCUGCGACUGCCGACAUGGCACGGAGGGCCCUGACUGCGGCCGCUGCAAGCCCUUCUACUGCGACAGGCCAUGGCAGCGGGCCACGGCCAGGGAAGCCCACGCCUGCCUUGCUUGUUCCUGCAAUGGCCAUGCCAGACGAUGCCGUUUCAACAUGGAGUUGUACCGCUUGUCUGGCCGCCGAAGUGGAGGUGUCUGCCUCAAUUGCCGGCAUAAUACUGCUGGUCGUCACUGCCAUUACUGCCAGGAGGGCUUCUAUCGUGACCCAGGCCGUGCUCUGAGUGACCGCCGUGCUUGCAGAGCUUGUGACUGUCACCCUGUUGGUGCUGCUGGCAAAACCUGCAACCAGACCACAGGCCAGUGUCCCUGCAAGGAUGGUGUCACUGGCCUUACCUGCAACCGUUGUGCUGCUGGCUUCCAGCAGAGCCGCUCACCCGUGGCACCCUGUGUUAAAACCCCAGUGCCUGGACCCACUGAGGAGAGCAGCCCUGUAGAACCACAGGACUGCGAGUCCCACUGCAGACCCACCCAUGGCAGCUACCGCAUCAGCCUGAAGAAGUUCUGCCGGAAAGACUAUGCGGUGCAGGUGGCAGUGAACGCGCUCGGCGAGGCACACGGUGCGUGGACGCGCUUCCCCGUGGCAGUGCUUGCAGUGUUCCGGAGCGGAGAGGAGCGCGCGCGGCGUGGAAGCAACUCUCUCUGGGUGCCGGCUCGCGACGCGGCCUGCGGCUGCCCGCGCCUACUUCCGGGACGCCGCUACCUGCUGCUGGGAAGUGGGCCGGGGGCCACCGCCGGGGGCCGGGGACCUGGACUCAGCGCCGCCCGUGGGAGUCUCGUAUUGCCCUGGAGGGACGCGUGGACGCGGCGCUUGCGAAGGCUACAGCGGCGCGAGCGACGGGGGCGCUGCGGAGCCGCCUGAGUCC